AAAAGACCAAAACGAUUUCAAACCCUAAUUUCUCUUUUGCUCUCUCUUCUUCUUCCCAUUUCUUCCACCGCCAUUCUCAAACUCAGCAGGCCAGGAAGGCGGUUGCAAAACCCACGGCACCACCAAGGCGCCAAAGUUCAAGCGCCAAAAGCGUGAGCAUGAUGUAGCCUUCUUCUGUUUGAGAGAACAAAACCCCUGUUUUGCCAGAUUUGUUGGUUUGACAGUCCCGUUUAGGAAGACGAAUUGAAGUCCAAACUCAGUUGGUUCCUGGUCUCGUUUCGGAAGAAGAAUUGUAGGUUGUUUUCUCGACUCAAGAACAAAAACAUUAGAAGAUGGAAGGAGGAGAUAAAGAAGGUGCUUUUACAGGGCCAAUUUUCAGAGACAUAAGGCGCUACUACUGUGAAUUCUGUGGCAUUUGCAGAUCCAAGAAAUCUCUGAUUACCUCUCAUAUCCUCACCUACCACAAGGACGAGAUGGAGGAGAAAAGAGAUAAUAAUGACCAAGAAAAAGAGAAAAGGAAAUCAAAUACUUGUGAAGAGUGUGGUGCAAGCUUCCGAAAACCUGCAUACUUGAAACAGCAUAUGCAAAGUCAUUCAAUCGAGAGGCCUUUCACUUGUCCUGUGGAUGACUGCAGUUCAAGUUAUAGACGAAAAGAUCACUUGACUCGACACCUCCUCCAGCACCAAGGCAAACUCUUCACCUGCCCUAUGGAGAACUGCAAUCGCAUGUUCUCUUUACAGGGCAACAUGAAGCGGCAUGUGAAUGAAAUGCAUGAUGAUGAAGAGCCUUCUUUCUCUGAGGGUGAUGGUCAGAAGCAUGCCUGUGAGGAGUGUGGAAAGGUGUUUAGAUUUGCAUCAAAGCUGAGGAAGCACAUGGACUCUCAUGUUAAGCUGGAUACUGUGGAGGCUUUCUGCAGCGAACCAGGCUGUCUUAAAUGCUUCACAAAUGUUGAAUGCCUUAAAGCUCAUAUCCAGUCUUGCCACCAGUACAUCACUUGUGAGGUCUGUGGGGUGGAGCAACUGAAGAAGAAUAUCAAGCGACAUAUGAGGACACACGAAGCUGGAGUUACAUCCGAGAGUAUUAAGUGCAGUUUCAAGGGCUGUCUUCACACAUUCUCAACUAAAUCAAAUCUCAACCAGCAUAUAAAGGCUGUUCAUCUCGAGCUUAGACCAUUUGCCUGCCGAUUUCCUGGAUGUGGCAAGAAGUUUCCUUACAAGCAUGUAAGAGAUAAUCACGAGAAGACAGGAACUCAUGUUUAUGUCCAAGGGGAUUUUGUGGAGUCAGAUGAGCUAUUCCGCACAAGGCCCAGGGGUGGGCGGAAAAGAAAGUGCCCGGCUGUGGAGACAUUGCUGCGUAAGAGGGUUCUUCCACCCAGUCAAAUGGAUUCGGCUUUGAGCCAGGGUUCUGACUACCUUGCUUGGUUACUGUCCUCGACCACCCACGAUGAAGAGCAAUGAGAUGAGAUCAUGAGAGAGGUGUCCAUAAUUUUGUACAUGAUGAUAUUUUAUAUAUAUACAUAGUAAGUCUUCUUGGUAGUCUUUCCAGAAGAUUUAGUUGUUUUUCUCAUGACUGUCAUCUUUUGUAAUAUUUGUAACGGAUUACUACAGAUGUUUAGCAUGGACAUGGUCUAUGAAUCAGCUUGUCAGGGUAGCAAUGUUUAGCAUCAAGGGCCUUGUAUUGGAUGUAUUAAUUGGGGACCCAUGACCCAAAUUAAAUGUCAAUUACAUUUUGUAGUAAAACUCUCCCCUUUCGUCCAUGUUAUAACUUUUUGAUUCUAA